UUUUUAGAUGCAUAUACAUCCGGUCAAUUAAUUUAUGAAUGGCAGGAGGGCUCUUCGGUUAAUUUUGUUCCUGGAAUGGCUCUUUCACAAUUCGACCUGAUGGGUUCACCAUACAGAAAUUUAACAUUCGUCCGUCGGGAAGGUGAAUUUUCGGUUCUUCAAGUAUCCUUUAAUUUGCAACGACACACCGGCUAUUUUCUCAUUCAAGUUUACGUACCUUGUGUUUUAAUAGUAGUUUUAAGUUGGGUAUCCUUUUGGAUUCAUCGCGAGGCUACCAGCGAUCGAGUUGGACUAGGUAUUACUACUGUUUUGACAUUGUCAACCAUUAGUCUGGAUUCCAGAACAGAUUUACCAAAAGUUAGAUAUGCCACUGCUCUCGAUUGGUUUUUAUUAAUGAGUUUUGGAUAUUGUAUUGCUACGUUAUUAGAAUUUGCUGGCGUACAUUAUUUUACAAAGGUUGGUAGUGGAGAAAUUCCUUUGGAGGAGGAAGAAUGGGAGAACGAGAGUGAAACUGAUUAUCAAGAUGCGUUUUGUAGUAUUGUAUCGUGUAGUCCUCAAACGGUUCAUCCAGAAACGAUAAUAGAUGUAUCUCGAAGGAGAAGUUCUUUGAUAUGUGAUGUUUAUGGUGUUAAUGUAAAUAUAAUAUGCAUGAGUACAAAAACUCUAAUAGAACUUCGUAAAGGUUGA